AAUACGAAGCCAGAACCGACCAAAAAUAAAAUCUCGGAAACAUACAAAAGCGGAUUUGGAAAUAUAGAAUCGGGAAAUAUCUCGACACCGUCAUCCUAGCUACCUCACCCGGGAAGCACCGUAGCGCGCGCCAUGGCCACUCUCUUGGGCAGCUCGCCGGCGUUCCUCGCCCGCCCCGUCGCCAAGCCGCACAGCAUCUCCUGCGCGCAGGUCCCGCGCCCGCCCAGCGCCCAGAACCAGCCGCCGCCCGGCGAGCAGCCGCAGCAGCAGCAAUCCGUGCAGGCGCAGCCGCAGCAGGCGGCGAGGCCGAAGCGCGCGGGCGGCGCGGACUCCACGGACUGGGUGGCCUCGUCGCUGACGCGGCGGUUCGGUAUCGGCGCCGGGCUGGCGUGGGCCGGGUUCCUCGCCGUCGGCGUCGUGUCCGAGCAGCUCAAGACCCGCUUCGAGGUCGCCCAGCAGCAGGCCAACACCAAGGACGUGGAGCAGGAGCAGGAGGUCGUGCUCCCCAACGGGAUCCGGUACUACGAGCUGCGCGUCGGCGGCGGCGACGCCCCGCGCCCCGGCGACCUGGUGGUGAUCGACCUGCAGGGCCGGGUGGCCGGCGGCGGGGAGGCGUUCGUGGACACGUUCGGCGAGGGCAAGCGGCCGCUGGCGCUGGUGAUGGGGUCCCGGCCCUACACCAGGGGCAUGUGCGAGGGCGUCGAGUACGCGCUGCGCUCCAUGAGGGCCGGCGGCAAGCGGCGGGUGGUCGUGCCGCCGGGGCUCGGGUUCGGCGACGACGGCGCCGACUUCGGGGAGGAGCACGUGCAGAUACCGCCCGGCGCCACGCUCGAGUACGUCGUGCAGGUCGACAAGGUAUCCAUCGCGCCGGCGUGAGGCGCGACUGAGGCGCGAGUAGAUACAUCACAGUUCUGUGUUGCCAUGAGACGAGUUUCUACUCGAUUGUUUCACACUGCUAUCUCGUUAAAUGAAUUGUUUUUGGGAAUUUCUCUGCUUCCCCUGGCUU